CCCCUUCACAACCCCGCCCAGAUGAGAACAUCCAGAGACAGAGAGAGAGGACGAGAGAAAAAUAAUCAAGUUUCACAACCGGGCAGUUCCUAAACAACUGAAAUUGGGUGUGGAUGUGGCAAAGCUAGUCUGUGGAAAUACAUUAUUUUCAAAACUUUUUUUUGUAAAAAGAAGAUAAGAGAAAACCGUUAUGGAUCCAAACAAGAGUCCUAGCGCCCCCCCUGCGGCUUGGAAUUCGGGGGAAAAGUCUAUGAUGGGACAACCACCUCCACCUUCAUACCAGGAAUAUCCCCAGUACCCCGGUGCAGGCCAGCCCCAGCCCGGAUACUAUCCCGGCCACCCGCAAGGAUACGUACCGCCGCCUCAACCCAUGGGAGCCCCGGGGUACGGCCAGCCCUAUCCCGGCGGCAUGUACCCCCAGGGCGCCCAAGCCACAGUUGCAGUACAACCAACGACGGUAUACGUGACUUGCGCUCCUUUAGCAAACCCCGUGCCAGACUACCUGGGAUAUUCCAUCUUCACGAUGCUUUGCUGCUGCUUGCCUAUUGGAAUCGCCGCGCUGGUUUCCUCCAUUUCGACCAGGGAUGCUAACAACCAAGGAAAUGCAGAAGCGGCCCAGAAGAGCUCUCGUCGGGCCAGGAACCUGAACCACACUGGCCUAGGAAUCGGUCUUGCCAUCAUCAUCAUCUGGAUUGUCUUGUCUGUGGUUGUGCGCAGCCAAUAAGGAAAAGCUCCAAUCCUACAGACGAGAGAUGGUAACCACCAGAAGGAUCAGGAGGUGGUUCUAAAGAACUCUCGUCGGGCCAGGAUUCUUAAUACACCACCCUGGGGGACCGGCAUCGCCAUUGCCAUCCUUUGGAUCAUCCUACUUGUCAUCACUGGCAAAUUUGCCAUUGGUCAACAUUGAUUUUACCCCACCCCCUUCCCUUCUACAUACACAAACACACACUCUUACCACCUGGAUCCCACAACUCCUCCAUACUUUUUUCAAUCAUCUUCCAGUUUGUGCUUCAAUGUGUAUGUGCAUGUAUGUAUCAGUGGGAGCUGCAGAUAAAUGUAGUUUAAUGAAAUUACCAGGAAGAAUACAAUAUAAUAAGAAACAUACAAUAAAACUCUAUUGUCGCCAAAGGGAAAUCUGUCUUGGACUGCAGUUAUAGGUAGUAUAACUAAAACAAAAUAUACCAACCAAUUGUUAAAUGUUUAUGUUUUCUUUUAUCCUUAUUAGAUGAUAUUCAGCUUUAUUGUACGCUUUCACAGAACAAGUACAGAGCCAAUAACAUGUAUAUUCUGUUCUUUCACUUCUGUACCAUGACACAAGCCAAAUGCUCUCGCAUGCAAAUCCACUAUACUUUUUAAACAUUAGGUAUUGUAUAUGAAUGAUCUUAUGGCUUUGUGCCAUACUCAUAUUUGUAGACACAGUUUAAACGUUUCAAAUGUGAUGCUUGCACAUUAUAAUACCAAAUCUCUGUCAUUAAAUGUUACGAUAAUAAAACAUUCUGUCAUUAAUAUCAUUGUGACAGGAAGGAUCAUAAGACAUGUCAUAUUGAAAAUAUUUCAGUUUGUUUUAAAUGUCUGCAUUUUUAACUGUAUCUGAACCAAUAUCCAAUAAACUGGGCUAACGUCUUGUCUAUGAACUUCA